CUCUGACCGGGAGCAGAAGCUCAUCUCUCCAGUUUCCGCCAUAUUUAUAGUUUUACUUCAAAAUGGUUGAAGAAAUACCAAAACCAAUAGAWACUGACCUGCAAUUUAAAGAGGAAGAGUCAGUAGAGGAGUCUCAAAGUACAGAAGACAGAACAGAAUGCAAAGAACAAAUAGAUAAUUGCGAAGAAAAAGGACUAAGUUUAUYAGCUGGGAAAGCUGGGGAGAUUGUCCAAGGGAAAAAAAGGAAUAAGAAAAGAACAAAUCAUGAUGAAGAACAAGGAAUAUUAUUGAGAAGGGAAAGAGAUCGUUUAAGGCAGAGGCAAGCGAGGAAAAAUGAAGACGAAGAAAAGAGAAAAGUAAGGCUGGAAAAAGACAGAAUAAGAAAACGAAGCUCUAGACAAAAUGAAGAUGAAUUCGAAAGAUUAAAACGACGGGACAAAGACAGAGAAAGAAGAGCAAGAAAACGAGAAAUGGAAAGAAGUCAACGGGAGGGAUAUAAUAAGAAAGGUGAAAAUGGAGAAAACGUCAAAAAUGAAAAGAUUACAACGAAUAUAGGUAGUUGUAAUAGAGAAGAAAAUCAAAAGACUGUAAAUAUGAAAACAGAUGAAAACACAAUGGAAACAGUUGAAAAUAAUUCUAAUGAUGUCAAAGGACAGGAUAGCCCUUCAUCAGAGGAUAAGACAGAAACUUAGAUCAAGUACAAUAAUUUAUUAGAAAAACGAUUAGAAAUGGAGCAUGGGUAGUCUGUACUGAAAAUGUGGUCAAGGGUGCCAGCUCUUUGGAUGAAUACAAUAGAACGAGAAAAAAUAUAUACAAAACAAUAGAAUGAGUCAACAAUGAAAACCAUUUGUUUUGGCCAAUCUUGACAGCUUUUCUUGAAAGAAGAUGUGCUGACAGACUCACUACUGUCGUCAUGGGUUUCGUACUUCAACUUCCUAUUACAAAGUGAGUAGAGUUGUUUCUUAACUCUCUCCAUUAAAUUCCUUGGACAGGGUGGCACAGGGAGUUAUGUGUGGUGCAUGAUUUUGACUAAAAUAAGUAUGUGAUACUUUAAAAUAGCAAAAUGUAAAAGCAUGAUUCAAAAAGUUUGUGUUUUCCUUUAAUACAGUUUAAUCGUGGAGCACAAAUUUUAGCAAUAUUGAUGCCAGUGUGAAACAGGAUGGUGACUGCCCCUGUGCCGCCCUGCUUUAUGUGAUUCCUGUCAGUCCAGGAAUGCCUUCCAAAAUCGUACUGGAAGCUAUUAUGUAUGACAAUCUAUAAAAUAUUUGAGAUAUAACAUGCAUGCUUGGUUGGCUAGUGUUCUUAUCAGAGGACAGACACACUUGUGCAAAAUCUUUCACAAAUAUUUUAUAAAAGUAAUAUCAAAUGGCUGCUUAUUAUGGCUCUGUAUUAUGAUAUAAAUGCUCUGGGUUUGUAGAGUAUUCAGCAAGCAAAAGAAACACUCAACUAUGCCUAAUAUUCCUAGACUUGCUUCUCUCAUGCUCUCUCUCGUGUCUCCCAUCACAAUACAGGAGACAUGCAAAAACAUUUUAUAUUCCUUAAACAUAGAACAAAAUGAGAUUUUUCUUUAUUUUGUUUUUAAUCCAACAACUCCAGAUGCAAUUUUUUUACGUUAACUGUGUAGUUUUGGCCUAUUGCCAGRAUUGGGAAGAGCAUUUGCAGCUUCAUGGUCAAGAUAAUGUUUAAAAGAGGGAGAGAGGGGGGUUUGUUUGCACCUUCAGUCUAUCCCUGGAGACACACCUGCUGUUGUCUGCACUGAGUAUAAAAGAAUUGCCCUAAACUGUUGAAGGUAAAGAAAAAAAUAAUCAUCCCGUUGGCAUAUCCAUAUAUACAUCAUCUCUUAUUUAAAAAGUGAUAAAAAGUCAGUACUAGCUAGCUGAAAAAGACAAUAGCUUACAAAGCAGGUGAAGUUGGUUAAUGUAACCACCUAUAUAAAAACAAAUUAUUAUUUGUCUUAAUUCUAUGUAAUCAUACAUAAUUUUUAAAAUUAUAACUAAAUUUUAGUUUGAUAUAUUUUUAAUUUUAAUGUUAAUGUCAUAAGAAAGAUUAUGAACUGACUUAAAAAAAACAGAAUAAAAAUAUUUACUGAUAAAAUAA